AUGUCAGAGCCCUUCCACCCCGCGAAAUCACCGGCUCUCCCGGUCGUGGAAUCCUCCACAAACCCCAAGUCCCCUCAAUCCCAGCAGACGAAAGUGCGCCGACUAAGAGAGACCGUCGAUAGCAACUAUGCCGACAUCAUCUGUAUCAUUCUGUGCUUCGUCACGGGGCUUUGCGACAGCUCCGCGUUCAAUGCGUGGUCAUGCUUCUUAGCUAUGCAAACCGGAAACACCGUCGUCCUCGGCCUCGGCGCCGCCUCCCUCCCCAAAGACGACAGCGACAGCUGGCUAAAAUCCAUCGUGUCAAUCGCCAGCUUCGUGACCGGCUCAUUCAUAUUCAGCUUUGUCGGACGACACCUUGGUCCUGCACGUCGCGGCACGCUCUUCGCCUCCUUCAUGGUCCAAGUGAUUCUCAUCGUGAUUGCCGUCUCCCUGAUCCAGUCUGGACUUAUCGCGGAAUCCGAAGCCGACGUCAUCUCUGGCCACCACCAUGGCGGCAAGCUCCUUGAGCUGAUUCCCAUUGGCUUGUUGGCCUUCCAGUCCUCCGGGUCUAUCAAUAGUACGCGCUCGUUAGGAUUUAAUGAGAUCCCGAGUGUGGUUAUCACGAGCGUGUAUUUUGAUAUUGCGUCGGAUAAGAAUAUCCUGGCUGUGCAGAAUGUUAAGCGGAAUAGGAGAAUUGCGGGCGUGGUGGCUCUGUUGAUUGGAGCUAUUGUGGGCGGUUGGUUGAAUAGGAGCGCUGGCGGGAUGGCGUCGACUUUCUGGUUGGCGGCUGGGAUCAAGUUCCUUAUUGGGUUGGGGUGGUUGGUUUGGAUGCCUGUUAGGAACUAG